UGGGAUACAACAGACGACGCCGCUGCGGGAAGGCGUGCGGGCUGCCGUAGGGGUGUUCGUGAAACUGUUCUGCGCUGGCUUUUCUUCAUAUCGCCAGCUGCAUGGUGCUGUCGGCGCAGCUGGGCGUCUGUCGCCGGUUGAAGCACGCGAGCUGUAUAUCACGGCAACGAGCGGACGACGCUGACUUCAGCCCUUGCUCAUUAGCGCAGUCGGUUUCGUGGCGAGCUCCUGAAUCUACGGCGUCUAGUCAAACGUGAUCGCGUAUGUGCCUCCACAGAGAAAUAUCGUUUCCUGGUUUGCCGGUAGCGCCGUCCGUGUUUUUUCACCGCUGGGAAAAACACAGGCUGCCGCUGACCUGUACGGAGCUUUCUGAUCUUGAAACGCCAUGAAGUUCAACGGGGCUCCCAAGCGAUAUGUGCCUCUGCCGCAGAGUCAGAGUGACGACGAAGUCGUGAGACUAGAGGAACGGCAGGCGCAGCGUCGCAACCAUGCGGUCACCGCUUCUAGUGAUGUGGCGAUGGCAAAUGGUCGCUCUGGUGCGGCUCCUGGACCCUCUGCAGGCGCAGCACACAUAGCCAUGACACGUCUGGAGGCCAAGCACGCUGAUGCAGCCGGAGUCCCCGACUGGCAAAGUGAAGGGACAGCACCACUGUCGGCGUGGCGCAAGUUCUGCCUAGCACUGAGCCUGGCAUGCAGCGCCCUCUUUGUGCUUGGGCUCGGCUGGCUGCUGCCGUGCCGCUACGGCAGCCUGCAGCCGCUCGAGAGCGUGCCCAGCGUGCUGCAGCAGUGGACGCACCUCUACCAGGGGGUCGCGCUGACAUCCAAUGUGGAGGCCUCGUUCGAGGACGACGUCGAGCGCGAGUGCACGGUGCACCUGGGGUUCCGGCAGUACUCCGAGCACAACGAAACGUCGACGGUUGGUGUGAUGGCUCUCAACGGCAUGACGGGGGCCACCAUGUGGAAACGGGAGCUGUAUGCGGCCGCGGUGCGUCAGCAGUGCCUCCUGGACGUCUGCUUCGUGCUGGGCGAUGGCUCCAACUCGCUCCUUGCCGCUCUCAACAAGUCUAGCGGGGUGGUGCUCUGGUACGCACAUGACCACGGAAGCGGUGGACAACUAGGUGGCAGUACCUUGCAGUCUGUCUCGGACUUUCAUGUGGUGCCGGACUGCAAUGACGAUGGCCUACCAGACCUUGUUAUUUCUACACAAGUGGAGAAGCCCAGUGCCGAACCGUUCUCCGUAUCCAUAGUGGAGAGGGCGCUGGCGCUGGUCUCGCAGGACGACGGACGCCUGCUGAGGGCGCCCCUGGUGCUGCCACAGUGCGACAGCAUUCCGCGCAUCCUCGGCGCGCUGGAGCACGGCCGCAAUGCCUCGCACCACGUUGACGUCUUUGUGCACUGCCUCACAGACGCCAAGAAAGGCUUGCUCUUGAACGUAGGACUGAGUCAGCUUUCUUCUGCCAACCGAACUCAAGACGGUACCAUAACACAGGUCAUGUGGAGCAGCAAGAGCAAGGCUUCCGGUGGGGAUGGCCUUCAGCUUGUGGUGCUUCAGGAGGAUGAAGAGCCCUCGCUGAUCCUGGCCUGGGGCCAGGGCAAGUUGCUCAAGCUGGCCGGCAUAGACUAUCACCAGCGCUGGAGCACAGACCUCAAGCUCGACUCGCCUAUCAGGAGCCUAGUUGCCGGCCACUUCACAGCAUUCAGCACGUAUGAGCUGUUUGUGGUCUCAGAUCACGGGACUCGCGCCACGCUGUUCCAGCUGUUGAGCGUGUCCACUGGCCAUGUCAGCUGGCAGAUGCAGUAUGAUGGGACUGCCACGCGUGUGGCUCACCUGGUGCCGGCCAUCUCUCGUUAUGUGGACGGCGUGAUCAUCAAGGCAACCAGCCCUCUGGCUGACGCCACGGCCAGCCGUCAUGACCUUGACCUAUGGACGAAGAAGUUGCAGGAGCCCAAGUACGCCCACUACCUGGAAACAUUCCAUGGAAUUCAAAACUACGACCCACAGAAGCACCAGCUUUCGCUGAACACCGAGGAGGAACAGUACUUCAUUGUGGACUUCACAAACAAGACUGUGGACAUUCUGGCACGGCUUACCGUGCAGCAGCUCUGCUUCGCCACCAAGUGUGCUCCAGACAUUUUCUCACGGAAGGAGAAUGUGGCCAUGCAGGUGCUGCAGCACCGUCCCGGCAGCUAUUACCUCUCGCUCGCCACCACUUCGGCGAACCGGCGUUCAAACGCCAGUGUGCCCCACGACACAGUGGUCAGGGUGGCCCUGCUCAGCCACCAGCAUCCUCCGCCAGCCCAGCAGCAACAAAAGCUGGUGCCAGGCCCUGCAGAUGCAGCAGCCCUGCUGGUGCAUGACAAGCACUGCUGCCAGCCCUGACGGGACAGUGCGUCCACUCCUAACAGACUGAUUCGUUCUGAUGGUGUGCUGUGACGGAACUAUGUUGGCACCUACAGACCUGUUGGAGGAGGCAUUUUCUACUGGAAAGGCAGUGGCACAAGGCUGCGCUGCUCCAUUCAUUGCGUAAAUAACUAUGGAGGCAAGCUGGUCUUGACCUUUCUGCUUCGACCGAGCACCCGUUACAAAAAUUUCUUUAGUUAUUUUAGUGCUUUAAAGACAUGCAGGAGUUCAUGGUCGUGAAUUUCAUUCUCUGCUGGUUCGCUUUCAUUUUGAUAGUAGUAAAAUCUGAAAGAGCUUACUUAGAUGCAUAUAUUGAAGUGCAUGUGAAAUAAUCUCAGGUGGACAGAAUGAACUCCGCAUACUCAGCUACGAAGUCUUUCGUAGCUGAGGUGUCUCCUUGGAACAUUGCAAUCCCAUCAAUCAGUCUCAAAGGGAAGCAAGUUUGCACAUGUCUUCUUUCAGUGCUUGUAUCUUGUGAGCCCGCAUUGCAUUUGCAGUUAAUUUUAGUGACACGACUUGGAGAUGAGAACACAUGUAGCUGUGCUUUAAAACUACAGCAGGACUGUACUUCAAUAGGGAAGUGCAAAAAUUGGGGAAAAUAGUGACAAUCUUUGCUGGCAUGCUUUAAGCGGGAUUGCUGGUUUUCCAUGUUAGUAAUGCAUACCUGCCAACUCUUCCAAAUUUUUGGUAAAGGUCAUGAAUUUGGGCAGGUUCUACAAUUUUACUGAUGUUGUGUCUUGUUUUAUGAAAAGUGCUAGUAAUUAGUGAAAAUGUUCUAAAGCGUUUUAAGAAUGGGGUUGGUGCAAGAUUGCAAAAAUGCACUAAAUAUAUUUGUAGUGGCACUUGUGCUGCCCUCUUAUCAUGGUGCAAUACUCCACGCGCCAUAAAUUCACUUGCUUUGGGAAAUUUAUUCAGACAGGUUCCUGAAGUGCGUGAAAUUGGCGUGGAAUUGGAAAAACUCUCUGAUCCAAAAUGUGUGUGUUGCUUGCCAGUCUCUGUUGUUCCAAAUUUGCCACUGCCUAAAGGCUGUGUGUAAAGGUAUGUGCGCACAGAAAAUGUGCAUGUAUUUUACAAAGGGUGUCUGUGGCCAGGGUAGGCUUUAAAGAUUUUUGCUCGUAUGGCAUUUUUAUUCAUUUUCAAGUUUGCAGGUUGGCAGAUAUAGUCAUGAUGCACAAUGAAUGGUUAAAUGAGUAAAACAAGAAAGUAUAGUUGCUUCUGUAUUCUAUUCUCGCUUUGUACACCCUGGAUUUGUCAUUAACAUUUCCAGUUCAGCUUUGUCAAUCGCAGCCAGUUCGUUGUUUUGAAUUAAAGAACUUGUUUUGCUGCGUGAACCCUUUCACAUUAACACAUUAACUCAUGUUAUAUAUGUCAAUAUUCAAAGUGGAAAUGUAGUAGUGUACAGUUAUAGGACAGUUGGUUCUUUUUGCCAGUGUCAGGCAUUUUGCUGGAAGUGUGCUCUAGAACAACGAGCUGGCCUGCACAGAACAGGUUCAUUGUUAUGUCACAGCACUGAUAAAUUGCUUUUUCUGGUCAUUCGGUGUUCAGGGCCGAACUUACUUCUGCUGGGUUAUUAUAUUGCUCGCCAGAUGCCUCUGCUUUUGAGCAUAUAGCGUGUUAUUGUGAGCAUGGCCAUGACUGGGGAGGAUAUUUACUGUCUUUCUUUUUUGUUGGUUUCUGUGUAAACCAAUUCCAGCCAAAUUAUUGUGGGAGGUGUCCGAAAUUUGAAGAUUGGAAGAAAUUCUUUAACAUCAGAGCUCAGCAACAAGAAUCGGAACUGCUAGAAAAGUGACCGUACCUCAAGUAGGUGCGCUUUAAUGUAGUUCACAAGCCAUUUGUGUUAAUAUAUACGACAGGAUGGGUGUGUUUGCAAUGCGGAGUUCUUAACUGAAGAAGUCAUUUCUUGAAAACACAUUUCUUAGAUGAAGGUAGUCGAAGGAGAGAUGGUAGUUGUCAUAGUUUGAAACAAAGAUCGUGCCCUUUAAGCACAGCGCUGUUUCUUGUCUUUUUUCCUGACUGUUGCUUACCUGUGUAAGACCACCAGCUUUUCUGCUCAUGCUUGGGUAAUUAUUUGAUUUUAAAGCUUCUUUCUAAGAACUUCUCCAUUAGCUGCAAGGCACAGGGCGAUGCUGAAUUAUUGAAUUAUUUCAAACUCUUGUAACUCUCUAUGUCACUGAAUGCAAAACUCUCUUCAUGAGCUCAGCACACAAGCCUGUCCAAUCACUGUUUCCUUGUGUCAGGCAUUGAGGUCCAUCUUGAAUUGUGCUCAGUAGGGGGACACAAUGACUGUGUCAGCAGCUGGUUGUGAAUGUUUUGUUGGGAGUCAACAGCUGGUCUUGGUGUAAGUGAACAAACUUCUCUACAUCCUUGCUCGGUGAAAAAAAUCUAGUCAAGGGCUGCUACGUUCACAGCCAUGCAAUAGGUCCUUCUCACACGCCUGCAACAUAUUGUAGUUACUUGGGUCAAAGCAGAUAACUAUAAACCUAACAGUAAAGAGAGUGCUUUCCUAAAUGAAACCCACUUGGAAUGUGAACAAACUUAAAACAUACUUUCUUGCCUUCCCUGCUAGUCCCAAAUGUUUGGGAUGAUGUGUGUGUGGUACAGAGGCCCAGUGGUUGUCAUUUACAUUGGCAUCACCUGACUUCCUUUAUCACACGGCAUGCUAGCGUGAGUUCUGUUCAUUAGGAAUGUUGUGACAUUGAGGCAAGCCUGCUUGAAACGAUACUCACAUUAGCACAACUCUGCUGAAGUCACAUGCUGCAAUACCUCAUGACAAGCCCCCGAGCAAAAUAUUUAAGUAACACAUGCACUGAAAUACUAUGCUAGGUGGACCUCAACAACAUCCUGGUAUUGAAAACAUUGCAAAGUUCGUUAUAUAAUGGUGGUUUAUUGCUGUAUAAAUGUAUUAUUGGCAUUGCAAUAGACAAAGUGGAAGGGUCAAAACGCUGACCAAUGCCGCCUUACAAAUAGGCAUUGUCAUGUGCUUUUUGUAGAAAGUGUCCCUCCGCUUCCCUCUAUUUUUGGGAACUGUACACCUAUAGCAUAUUCAAGCUGCAAUUUAUAUUACUUCAUGCAUAUGCAUUUAUUAAAUUAUAGAAAUUAUAUUAUGCAUUUGUUAUAUUAUGCCAAGAAAGGAUGUCUCUAUCUUCUUUUGUGCAAUUAUUUUUUUCUACGAGAUUUCCCUAUUUAUUCGUUAAUGACUAGAGUUGACGCACACUUGAAGUGUCUCUUUCCUAUAUUUUUAUUAUAUUUUAGGAAAUUAGCACUACCCAACAUAAUUGUACUCUGUAUAUAUUGUGACUUUUGCUUUUUUGCUUCAGCACAACUAUGGUUUGAAUGUUUAUAUUGUUGUAUCUGUUUGUUUUGUUCUUCUAUUGUGUUUGAUAGUGUUAUAAGGCAUACAAAUGCAAGUACUUUGACACCUAAGGAAAGGAAUGUAAGUUGCAUGUUUACAAGAUGGUUAACGACUGCCAUAUACUACUGGAAGCACAUUGUGCUUAGAAAUAGCAACAUAUAUUUUAGUUUCUGUUCAAUUCAUGAAAAUCAAAAUGUUUUUUUUCCGUGAAAAAUAAAGCUUCCGGUAUUAUGACUAUUUUAGUUUGCAGAUUACACCGGUACGUAAAAUCAUAUAUACUUUUUAUGAGUGUGAAGCUCACCUUUGUUCUGAAUGUUUUUGUUGUGUGGUAGGACAAAUUUUGCAUCACACCUUAAUGUAGCCAGUGACCAUAAAGUAAUUUUCUUCAGUGGAAAACUUCGCAGAAGAAAAAAAAUAUUGAUUUGAUUUACUGUGUUACAUUCUUGCUGGUAAUAUCAGCAAAUUGCAAAACCUCCUAAAAGUUGCCGACAUUGCUGUCUCAAUUAAAUACGUUGCUGAUAGCGUGCUCAUGACAGUUGACAACUGUUAUAUAUAAUAAACAACACACCUACGGCUCAACUAAUGUCAUGAGUUACUGCUUUAGAUUUCCCAGGUUGUCAGCUUUCUCGAGGUACUGGCAUGCACCUACGGUUCGAUCGGUGCUACCUUCCUGAAAAUACAGAACUAGUUGCUGACCAGGUGUUAUGUCCUUAUUGUAGUAUCAUUAUUAUAGUCUAGCAUGCAGAAUAAUAUUUUGACUACGUUGGACUUGAGCAUGACAGAAAAUGCAGUUGCAUCAUGUUUAUUAGAUUCUCUCUCGUACAGAAAAAUGUCUCGAAGCUGCCUCCUUGAACGUUUUUGACAUCCAAGAACCUUUCUAACACAAGGCACAGGUAAUUGGAGGGCAGUAUCGAUUAUUAGGCUGAUGAUAAUGAUGGUACAUCUGUGCUAUAAUAGUUUGUUGGCUAUUGCAUGAGAUAUCGAAACAGUCUAGUCAUCAGCAACUUUCAUCCUCUUAGUGCAUCAACACAUGCUCAAAAAUAAAGGGAAAAAGUGCAUUAGUAAUUGAGUGGUAUUAUGUCAUAAUGUGUACAAUAGUACAAGUUCAGAGACCAUUGUGAUUGCCAUUUGUUUGGCGUGUUGGUAAAUUGAAAGCAUAUUUAGCGCCAGCAAACAAGGACGCGCAUUGUGUUGUCGUCUCCCUUACGUCCUUGUUUGCUGGCGCUAAAUAUGCUACCAUUAUGAUGCUUGUUUCACUGUUUCACAGUGGCUGGUUUUAAGAGAGCAUGUACAACAGUUUCAUUGCCAGUCAAGUCAUUUUUUUUAAAAGACGUUUCACUUGUGCUGUUGGCUCUUAUAAUGGAAUCUCAUCUGUAUUGAUGUUUAACUGGGUUUGAUCUGUCCUUCCUGUCUUUAUUUAUACUAGUAUGUGCAAUGCCUUUACACAGAUAAUAAAUGUGUUAUUUUUUAUGACU